AUGUUCUUGGUGAUAGUGCUCUUCACCAUUGCAUCCCUCCUGGUCCUGGGGGUCAAUGCAUGGCUUCUCAUAGAAGAGAUCUUCAUUGUCCGUGUCCCUCCUGCCAUGCACCACCGAGUGAGGUUUCACGUUGUACACUACUUUUUCCAUCUAUGCAUAACACUGGGGAAUUUACUGGAGAAGAUGAAAAUCUCUACCAUGCCCCACUUUGUACGCUUUGUACAAGACCUACUGUCAUCAAAGAAUAAUCCUGGUGUGCUGGUGAAGAACUUGCAUUUUGGAACAAUCCCUGUGAGACUGUUCCAGCCCAAGGCACCCUGCUCUGGCCUCCGGAGAGGCAUCGUCUUCUACCAUGGAGGAGGUGGUGUGUUCGGUAGCCUGGAUUGUUUCCACAACAUAUGCAGCUUUUUGGCCCGGGAGACAGAUUCAGUGCUGUUGUCAGUGGGAUACCGCAAGCUUCCUGAUCACCAUCACCCUGCUGCUUUCCAGGAUUGCCUGAAUGCCACCAUCCAUUUCUUGAAAGACCUGAAAACCUAUGGGGUAGACCCAGCCCGGGUGGUAGUUAGUGGAGAAAGCAUUGGAGGUGGGGCUGCAGCCAUUAUCGCCCAGGUGUUAUUGGACAGACAAGACCUUCCCAAAUUUCGGGCUCAGGUUCUGAUUAACCCAAUCAUCCAGGGGAUCAAUUUUCAGUUACCAUCUUAUCGGCAGAAUCAAAAUGCCCCAUUUCUAUCUCGGAAAUUUUUGAUGACUUGUGUAUGUAAGUAUCUGGCCAUCAACGUGUCCUGGAUUGACGCCAUGGGAAAAGGUACUUUUAUACCCCCCGACAACUGGGAGAAGUAUAAGAAAUGGGUCAGCUCUGACAAUAUCCCCCAAAGAUUCAAGAGCCCAGGCCCACAACCAGAAUUUCCCGGACGUUUUAAUGAGUCUGCCUAUUUGGAAACCAGACUUCUUUUCAGUUCAGAAACUUCACCUCUCCUGGCAGAUGACAAGAUCAUUGCUCAGCUUCCUGAAGCGUUCAUGGUGAGCUGUGAGCACGAUGUUCUCCGCGAUGACACCUUGCUCUACAAGAAACGCUUGGAGGACCAAGGGGUCCCUGUGACCUGGUGCCAUCUGGAAGAUGGCUUUCAUGGGUGCAUACUUUUAUUUGAUAAGGGCAUUUUUUCUUUUCCUUGUUCACAUAAUCUUAUGAGUUCUACGGUCAGUUAUAUAAAGGGCAUAUGAAAUCUUAAGGGUGAAGCCAGUAGUUAAAUAAUUGCAUAGAAUAAAUAAUUAAAACUCUAGUACUGAAAACAAAUAACUCUAAAGAAACAAUAAAAAAAA